AUGGCAGCUGUUGAAGAGGCGCUCAAAGGUGUUUGCAAAAAAUACAGAUUUCAAGAGCUAAAUGCUUAUCAAAAGGUUGCAAUCAAAACAUUUAUGCAGGGUAGAGAUAUUUUUGUGAAUUUGCCGAAGGGCUAUGGCAAAUCGCUGAUAUUCCAAGCUCUGGCAACGAUCAAGGAUCAAGUUGCCUCUUUGAAUAGUCUGGGUAUUUCUGCAAUAAACAUAAGUGAUGUUGAAAGUGAAGGAGAUCAGAGAGACGUAGAAGCUGGAAAAUAUUCUCUUGUGUAUGGGACACCUGAAUCCUGGCUCGAUAACGAUCGUUGGAGAUCAAUGUUUUCUAAUAAAGUAUACUCCGAAAAGCUGUGUGCUAUCAUAGUGGAUGAAGCCCAUGUGAUAAGGCAAUG